UGGUACCAGCGUAUCUGAAAAAGGGUCUAUUGCUGUAUCAUUCUAGGUAGGGCCAAAAGUUAGGAAUUUUGUUACAUACAGAUACACUGUCAGUGUCAUCUGUACAAUUGUGGUAGCAUAUUCUUAGAGUAAUCUGGUUACUCUAUGGAACAAUACAUAGAUUAUAAUUUUAUCUGAUUUGGCAAUUAUGUAACACUAACAGUGAUCAUUUGAAAAGUUCAAAGGGAGUAAUGAAAUGGGUUAAAGGGAACUGGAACCGCCGAGUGAUUUGUUCAACUUUUCGACUUUCACCGCCCGAGAAAGUCAAACUUCCAACUUCCUGUUUUCAGAUUUGUAGCUCCGCCCCCAGUGCCCGAGCAUGCGCAGUUCAAUUUGUUAUUAUUGAGAAUCAUGUGAGACUCACGUGAGUCAUGCGAUCUUUCAUUCAUGAGUUUUCGUAGUAAAUUCCAUAGUAGUGACGUCACUCAAUGAUUGACAGCUAGGCGCCAUGUUUUAUUCAUGCCUCGUUCUGAUCACCCGAUACGCGGGAAAUGGAAACGAGGUCAUACGAACUGGCUGGACGGUUUCAGUUCCCUUUAAGUUCACAUUUUGAUUAUGUUUUGCAGAUACAUGAUGGGACAGGCAGAAGAACUGGUUCGGCAGUUUCUGUCCCAGCUUAUCAUUUCAAAAGAUGACGAAGAAAAGAAAAAGACACUGACACUAUCGUCACUGGACCUUUUUGAAGUUCCUUCAUGUGUUCUCACUCUGUCUGAGCUGACCCAAUUGUUUCUUGAUUACAAUGAAAUUGACAAACUACCAGGAGAUAUAGCCAACCUACAUAACUUAAGCAUACUCUCGCUCAACGGAAAUGAGCUAGACAAAUUACCUCCAACAAUUGGACAGCUUUCGAAACUUGAAGAAUUGUUCUUGUGUGAGAAUGCUCUUCAAGAGCUUCCCGAGGAAUUUUCAUGUUUGAAGAGACUGAGAGUUUUACACCUCACAGGGAAUAGCCUCCGUGAAUUAAAGUCUUCGUUUUGUUGUUUAGAAUCUUUAGAAAAACUCUUCUGUGAUGAAAAUAGUUUAGAAGUUUUACCUCAAACGAUAGCAGGCUUGGAAAAACUACAGGUGCUUGAACUAGGCUUCAAUCAGCUCAAAGAACUGCCUCCGAAGUUUGGUGAACUCUGGGAGCUUCGCGUGUGCAAUUUAUGUAAUAAUAACCUCGAUUGUUUGCCAUCAUCGUUCUCCGAUUUGGAAAAGCUUGAAGAGUUAGAUCUUACCUUUAAUGAAAUACCGCAUCUCCCGGAAGUAAUGAAGUGUGCUAAAAAUCUUCGGAAGUUGUUUCUUGGGAAUUUGGAUAUGGUAGAUGUUCCCGAUUGGAUAGGGGAAAUGCCUUUGCUGGAAGAAUUGUCUUUACAGGAAAACUUCUUGCAGGGCAGCGUCUUGUCGGAGCAGUUUGGUCAUGUGAGCAAACACUUGCGUGUACUCAAUAUGAAAGGGAACUGUCAGACGUCUUUGCCCGACAGUUUUGGUGAACUUGAAUUCUUAGAGGAUGUCCAUUACGGAAGCCCUUACCAGGAACUGGAACGAUCACAUCGUGUUAAUGGAAAUGCACUGGUGUCCUUACCUGAUAAUUUUGGUUGGCUGAAAAAUAUGACGAGACUUCGACUUGAUGAGAAUCAUCUUAAAGAGUUGCCUGAGAACUUUGGGGAUAUGGUAAACCUGGUAUAUCUUGACCUUGCUCAGAAUCAUAUUCGUCGUCUACCAGAUUCAUUUGGGAAGCUGAAAAACAUGACUUUGUGUCAAUUGUCCUUCAAUUCCAUUGAGUACUUGCCGUCGACUAUUGGUGGGCUCGCUAAACUGGGUGAACUGCGUUUGGAUUGUAAUUCACUGGCAGAAAUUCCUGACUCCAUGGGCGAUAUGCAAGAGUUGUUCUUCCUUGAUUUGUAUGCGAAUUAUUUGAAAAAAUUGCCACACUGCCUUCUGAAGCUAAAGAAGUUGAGAGCAUUGGAUCUUGGUGCGAAUAGCUUUGGUUUACCGGAUGAUGAGAUACCACGAAUCUUCAAUCAGAUCAAGUAUGAAAAUAGUCAGAGGAAACUAAAAUAUAGCGAGAAAGCAGGGCGUGAUCCAGCCGAUGACAGUGUCAACUCCGAAUCCAGUGAAUGUGAUGUUCUGACUGCCGCUUUGAAACAGUCCUCUCAGCUCUGGAAGUUGCACAGUGAUUCUGAAAGGAAGGAGAGGACGAAAUUUAAACGGACAAAACUGGGUUGGGUGCCAGUGAGUGAGUCUGAGGCCUCUUUGGAGAAUAGCUGCAGCUCUAUUACAGGUGCAAGUAUGAACUCGUUUCAUGUGUCAGCCACAGAAGACUGGGAUGAGGAAGCUGACCUACUGCCAAAAAAUGCUGAAUACAACUUCGAGUUUAAUCCCACUGCUGAGGCUGAAGACUGGGAUAAAGUGGAUGAUGAGAAUGAUGAUGAUCCUUAUGGUUAUGGUUCUGUUGCCUAUCGACAUCCAGGUGCAGCGUUUCAGCAAAGGGGUACUUGGUCUUUGCACCAUGGGUUCAACCCUUCUGACAGACAUGCUCCUGCCAUUGUACGGGAAAGGUUGGAGUUUGAAAGCGAAGAUGGACAGUUUGAUGACGCUGAGAGUUCAUGAUGUUGGUUUGAGUGUAAAAGUUGUUUCCAUAUUGCUGUGCCGGCUCUAAUAAGUACAGAGAGUUAGGGAGCAUGGCAAAUGUUUGUUAUUGUCAGGAGAAAAAGACCCCCCCUCUCUACCUAAGAAAUUAAGUUUCUGGGAUGCAACUCACGAACCACCUAAGUCUUUGUGUACAUUGUAUGCUGUGUGUGAUAGCAUGUUGUCGGUUAUGGGCUCGUUUUCAGCUGAUCUCUUCCACCAUUUGUUGCUCAGUUAGCCAUUCUCGCGUCUAUAUCACUGCCAGGGUUGAUGUAAAAAGAAAGUGUAGAUGUACGUUUUUAAUGCUUUCUACGCUGAGCUAGCAUAAAAAGCAAGUAGCAUUUUUGGCAGUAUCAGGUAAUUAUAUAUUGUUUUAAUUACACCUAUUGCCAAGAUGAAUUAAACAAGUUGUAUUCAGACUUGUUUAUUUUCUGCCAAGAUGUUGCAUGCAGAUUUGUAUUUUCAGAGAAAUAAAUUAUUUUGUGUAUU